CUCCCCCCCUCCCCUCCCCCCUCCUCCCCUCCCCUCCCCCCCUCUCCCCCCCUUCCCCCCCCUCCUCCCUCUCCCUCCCCCCCUCUCCCCCCCCUUCCCCCUCCCCCCUCCCCUCCCCCCCCCCCCUUCCUCCCCCCCUCCUCCCCCCCUCCCCCCCUCCCCCCUCCCCCCUCCCCCUUUUCCCCUCCUCCCCCCUUCCCCCCCUCCCCUCCCCCUCCUCCCCCCCCCCUCCCCCCCUCUCCUCCCCCCCUCUCCCUCCCCUCCCCUCCCCCUUUCCCCCCCUCUCCCCCCCCCCCUCUCCCCCUUCCUCCCCCCCCUCCCCCCCCCCCCCCCCCCCCUCUCCUCCUCCCCUCUCUCCCUCCCCCCCCCCCCCCUCCCCCCUCCCUCCUCCCCCCUCCCUCCUCCCCCCUUUUCCCUCCCCCCCUCUCCCCUCCUCCCCUCUCUCCUCCUCCCCCCCCUCCCCCCUCUCCCCCUCCCCUUCCCCCCCCUUCCCCCCCCCUCCUCCCCUCCCCUCUCCCUCCCCCCCCCCCUUCCCCCCCCCCUUCCCUCUCCCCUCCUUCCCCCUCCCCCCCUUUCCCCCCUCCCCCCCCCCUUCCCCCCCUUCCCUCUCCCCCCCUUUCCCCCCCCCUCCCCCCCUUUCCCCCUCCCCCUCCCCCCCCCCCCUCCUCCCCCCCCUCCCCUCCUCCCCCUCCCCCCCUUCCUCCUUCCUCUCCCCUCCCCCCUCUCCCCCCUCCCCUCUUUCCCCCCCUCCCCUCUCCCCUCCCCCCUCUCCCCUCCUUCCCUCUCCCCUCCCCCCUCUCCCCUCCUCCCUCUCCCCUCCCCCCCUCCCCCCCUCUCCCCCUCCUUCCCUCUCCCUCCCCCCCUCCCCCUCCCCCCCCUCCUCCCCUCUCCCCUCUCCGCUCCUCCCCUCUCCCCUCCUUCCCUCCCCCCCUCCCCCCUCCCCCCCCUCUCCCCUCCCCCCCUCUCCCCUCCUCCCCUUUUCCCGACAGUCCGAGGCCCUCAUCCUCAGGGGGAGAAGAACCGCCCUACAAGCUCGGCCACUUUAAUAUGCUAAUUGAGGUACUUGUAUAUUCUAUCGAGGAAAUAAAGGCCGAGUCAGACCCGAAUGACCGGGGCGAGCGAAGAGAGCGAGAGGAGCUUAACUCGCUAGUCUUUAGCAACGUCACUGAUACCCUUGGUACGCUACUGGUGCCUGUGAGGGCAUUAGGUUGCUGCCCCGGGCCAAUCCAGGAGAUCUAUAUUUUAUCAGUCGGGGAUUUCAGCUCGGCGAGGAAACAGAAGUCCUUGGAAUUCCUGGUCUCCGCGUCUCGAAUGUGCAAACUGGAUUUAGGAAAUUCCAAGAAAAUUUGCUGUUGCUCGUCGCUUAGAAGACGUACAAAGCAAACAGCCAUCUACAGAUCGACCGCGCACGCUAGCUCCAUCACCAGCUUCAAAAUGAGGUCCCUCUACGCUCGCUAA